CGGCAAGGCUGUGAUUCCAAAUGAAAUCAGCUGAUCGCGUCGCUGGGGGCGGGCUCAUAAAGGAGUGGACGCCAUCUUGAAGGCUCGGAUGAGAAGAAACCUCAUUCGAAUGCUCGGCUACCAUUUGGCACAGCUUUAAAAACGACGAAUGCUUCGCUUAUCUGAGGGUUGGAAACAGGACGCAGCGGCUCAGUGGAGCUAAUCAAGAUGGCUUGCUGAACAAGUGGGCCCAUACUUGAACGCUAGCUAAGCCCCCCCUGGAGUUUGCCUUCCAGACACUGCUGUCUCUUUCUCUUCUCGCUAACGCAGCACAAAUCCAUGCUAAAAACAAACUGCUCCAAACACCGAAGAGACGCUUAAUGUCCCACAAACGGAGAUAUUAUAUAGUUAGUCUGAGGGAUAAAUAUUUGGACACUUGGUGUAUAGAAAACAAAGCCCCAAGAGGGACGGACUAUCUUUAAAUUGUGAGUGGAUUCACUCCAUCUGAGCUUCAUUUGAGAGUGGACCCAUAAAAGCUAAGCAGGAAACAUGAGCACUGCCAGGACAGAGAACCCAGUGAUUCUGGGCUUGUCGAACCAGAACGGACAGCUCCGGGGCUCGGUGAAGCCGGCUGGAGCGCCAGGUGGAGGCGGCGGUGGCGGCGGUGGCCCACAACAGCAGCCGCUAAACCAGAUGAAAGGCACAAUCAACAAUGGCAACGCCCAGCCUGCCCCCACGACUAAUAGCGUCAUCAAGCCUGGAGAUGACUGGAAGAAAAAUUUGAAAUUGCCCCCAAAGGACAUGAGGAUGAAAACUUCGGAUGUGACGGCAACUAAAGGCAAUGAGUUUGAAGAUUACUGCCUGAAGAGGGAACUGCUCAUGGGCAUCUUUGAGAUGGGCUGGGAAAAACCGUCUCCAAUCCAGGAGGAAAGCAUUCCCAUCGCCUUGUCGGGAAGGGAUAUCCUUGCCAGAGCCAAGAAUGGCACAGGGAAGAGCGGAGCCUACCUCAUUCCCUUACUUGAACGCAUCGACCUGAAGAGAGACUGCAUACAAGCAUUGGUGGUAGUGCCCACCAGGGAAUUGGCUCUGCAAGUCAGCCAAAUAUCAAUCCAGGUCAGCAAACACAUGGGAGGAGUGAAGGUGAUGGCAACCACGGGUGGAACCAACCUACGUGAUGACAUCAUGAGACUGGAUGAAACAGUGCAUGUGGUCAUCGCCACCCCAGGGAGGAUUUUGGACCUCAUCAAAAAAGGAGUGGCCAAAGUCAGUCAAGUGCAGAUGAUUGUUUUAGAUGAGGCUGACAAACUCCUGUCUCAGGACUUUGUUGCCAUGAUGGAAGAGAUUCUGGGCUUCCUCUCCAAACAGAGACAGAUCUUGCUUUAUUCUGCUACCUUCCCCCUCAGCGUGCAGAAGUUUAUGAAUUCACACCUGCAAAAGCCCUAUGAGAUCAACCUCAUGGAGGAGCUGACACUUAAGGGUGUGACUCAGUAUUACGCUUAUGUCACUGAAAGGCAAAAAGUCCAUUGCCUCAAUACUUUGUUCUCAAGGCUCCAGAUCAACCAGUCUAUCAUCUUCUGCAACUCCUCUCAGAGAGUGGAGCUCCUUGCCAAGAAGAUCUCCCAGCUUGGUUACUCGUGUUUCUACAUUCAUGCUAAGAUGAGACAGGAACAUCGCAACCGUGUGUUCCAUGACUUCCGAAAUGGUCUCUGUCGAAAUCUUGUUUGCACUGACCUCUUCACAAGAGGAAUAGACAUUCAAGCUGUGAAUGUUGUCAUCAAUUUUGACUUCCCCAAGCUUGGAGAGACGUAUCUUCAUCGCAUUGGAAGAUCUGGUCGCUUUGGACACUUGGGUCUGGCCAUCAACCUGAUCACCUACGACGAUCGCUUCAACCUGAAAGGAAUUGAAGAGCAGCUGGGAACAGAGAUCAAGCCCAUCCCCGGAAUAAUCGACAAGAGCUUGUAUGUGGCAGAGUACCACAGCGAGAGCGGUGAAGAAGUGAAGCCAUGAGCCAAUCAGGCCAUCCUCCAUUCCCCUUUGGACCCUGCCCCCUCCCCUUCACAACUUGGAUUUUUUUUCUUUUAAAUGUACAGAGUCUGUCCAUCUUAUUUUUUUUGAUGCCUCCAUCGGGAAUGUGAAUUUUGUUGGAUACAUGUUGGAAGAACUCAUUUGCCUUGUCAUAGGGCUCAAUGCUGCACCGCCUGCGCUGAAGACACCCCCCCCCCCCCAUUCCCUUCCCCAUGAGGAAAGUACGGGACCAAGUGGACAAUGUAUCAGUGCAUACAGAGGUGGCUUUCCACCGCUAACAUGAAGCCAGCACCCACAGGCCCCCUAAAAUGACCCCCCCCCCCCCCCCCCACCCCCUCCAUGCGCCACUUUCUUUCUUUGGGAACCAAUUUGUAUCAAGUGCCUUAAGAAGCAGUCCAACUUGUUGUGAAGUAAUAACCAUCAUCACACAGCUCUCUUGUUCACCUUACAGAAGAUUUGUCGUGCUCUUUUCAUUUCCAACCACCAAGGUGAAUCCAUAACCCGUUUUCAUUUGCCAUCGGGGGAGGGGGGGAUCAGGGGCACUGCCCUCAUGCGUCCUGCUCGUCUGGGCUGCCUGCACUUAAGUCUGGCUGAUAUUGCAGGACAAACUUGGAUUUUUCUCCAUGGCCAGAGAUACUGGAAUUUGUUUUUCCGAGAAGAAAGCCAGACUUUUUUUUUUUUUUUGCUAGUGCUUCUAGAAGAGCCCAACACUUUCCUCUUGUCUUCAGUGGCAACACAACACAGACAAUGUGCAGCCAACUAACAACCUGAUUGAGUCAUGAGGAUUCCUCAUCCGGUGCAGUUCAAUUUGCAGGAGUUUCUUUAUCACCUUCCUAUGGACAGCCAAACGUAACCCAGAGCCGUGCAGCUGGCAUUGAGGCUGCCUUGCUCCCCAUGUGUAAAUACCUUACUUUUAAGAUUGUUUUAAACAAGUUCUGAAGGCUGGCUGACAACCGAACUCUCGCACACACCCCUACACACGAUGUGGCACUGGAGACUGUUUCAUUACUACCUAUUGGCCUGCAAAUUUAUUUAUAAUUUUAGAAAUUGCAGAAUAUUGGCUACACGAACAGCAAUGACCCCCCUGCAUGAACUGCCACUGAGGUUAAGUUCAUCAGACAAAUUGGAGGCGGUAAACCGUCAUAAGCGAAAGCUGCACUCGAGCACCAUGGUUUCAAUUGAUUCUCCUGCUGCCGGUAGAGCUUUUUAGUCAUGAAUUCUUUUGUCGCCAGCCUGGACUUGUGAACUUGACGGGAGACUGCGUUGGCUCUCCAGUCAAAGUUGAUGUGGAAAGAAAAAGGAAAGAUUAGAUUCUAUCAUGUCGUCCUACUUGCUGCAGUGCAGCUUCAUUGGCAGAUCCUUUUUGCUUAGUUUCUUUUUUUUUAAACCCCUGGGGGAGGCUCUGCCAGCUGUUACAUGGAGCUACAUUGUGCUCUCCGAGCACCGUCAACAAAUAUUUGGAAGGACUGCCAUUGAAUCCGCCCCCCAGCCCUUUUGAAUAAGAAUGUUGUUGGACAAACUCAUCAAAGUGAACCACCUGAUGUAAAAUGUAGCAGGAAGUCUCCGUCUAAUGUGAUGUUCUAAACAACCUGGAGCAGGUUGGGCUGCACUUACUGCACAGAGCGGUUGACUUCUGGCAAUAACACUGAUGGCACUGCUUUAGUUUUGGGGGGUUUUUUGUUUGUUUUUGUUUUGUUUUUUUUGCUACCUGCAAGGCCCAGACAGACAUGCACGUUGGAGUAGAAGAUCCCAAAAAGAAAGAAGGGGAAUGGCAGUGAAGGAUUCCUAAAUGACUUGGACUGCAAACUUUUGCCGCCUCAGCUUAUUUCUCUGCCCUUUUGUUUGUCUUUUUAUGUGGGGUUUGACUUGUACGUCCUAACCAAAACCUGAUUUUGCACAAAAGCUCUCAGCUGUUUAAGCAGCUCAGAGCCUUUUUUGUUUUGCAAAGUUUGGUUUCCCUCUUGUGGUGAGAUGCUUUUUGGCUGUUCUAAUUGAUAACAUAAAAAAAAGUACAUCCUCGUGUUGGAACAGCGAUCCCUGCUCCCUCGUAAAGUCUCACGCUGGCCCCAGACUAAUUCAUCAAUCAUCCAAUCAGGCUAAUUUGGCGGGGGGGUUGUGUCCAAACUAUCCAAUUGAAGGUGAGGAGGAGCGAGCAGGGAUCAAACUUUGCAGACACUCGGCAGCCGUCUGCUUCAUGGUGGCCUGUCAGCGGUAUUGCAGGCAUGGUUUUGUUUCAAGGCGGGUCCAACGGGAUGGCGGGGUGACGGGCUGCUCGCUUACCGCUGGCAGACACCAUGUUGAGAACCUUAAAGACUGAGAUGGUAGCAUCUUGCCAAAAAUACCGAAUUGGAUCAUUAUCGUAACAAACUUGCCUCAUUCUUUAAGGUCAUUUUAAAUUGAGGGAGGGGCGGGUCAAUUGGUUGAUUUGCUGCCCUGAUGCACACCAAUCCUCCUCGAUAGUGGUGACAAAUGUAAACAAAGACAGCCUUUAUGUCCCAAUUAGACCCAGACUGGACUUCCUAUCCAGGAGGAUGCAGCUGCUGCAUCAGUAAACGGGGGGGGGGGUUUCACCUGAUACCAUCUUGCCCAAAGUUCAUGGAGAUGGGUGUCAUGUUUUGGGGAAAAUAAUUGAAGUGAUUUUGGUUUAGUUUUUGCCCAAAGAAAAUGUUCAAGUGGAGAACUCUUCAAAUUUAAGUGACGCAGCUGAAGCCCAAGUUGUUUGCUCAUUUUUAUUUAAUACAAAUUAGGUCGUUAUUUAAUUGGCAGACUUUCAGUGAAGCUCAUUUUACUAAAAGUUCAGUUAAAAAAAAAAGUCAAAGAUUGGGCUCAAAGGUUGAAAGUUUUGUUCCAAAUAAAGCUCACUGAAUUUAUGUUGUCUCGUUGU